GGCCGCCCUGCGCAGGCGAGGUCGCGCUCGGGCGUCCUGCGCUGCGGCCGUUAGGCCGCGGGAGCCUGGCGGAGCCCCGGGCAGCGCGUCCGGAGGCGAGCUCGCUGCGCGCCGACGCCAUGCCGGACAGCUGGGACAAGGACGUGUAUCCCGAGCCCCCUCGUCGGACGCCGGCGCCCUCGCCGCGGACCUCGCUGCCCAACCCCGUCACCUACUUGGCAAAGGCUUUCGACCUCCUCGUGGACCGGCCCGUGACCUUCGUGAGAGGGUUUAUAGAGAGGCAGCAUGCAAAGAACAGGUAUUACUACUACCACCGGGAGUUCCGCCGUGUGCCGGACAUCACCGAGUGCCAGGAGGAAGACGUCUUGUGCAUGUUUGAAGCAGAAAUGCAGUGGAGAAGAGAUUACAAAGUCGAUCAAGAAAUUGUUAACAUCAUCCAGGAAAGGCUGAAGGCUUGUCAGCAGAGGGAAGGUGAGAGCUACAGGCAGAACUGUGCCAACGAAGUGGAGCAGUUUACCCAGGUGGCCAAGGCUUACCAGGACCGCUGUAAGCAAGCUCCACCCCAGCCUGACCCCUAGUCCUCCCAGUCCCCACGCAGAUCACGACCUGGGUGCCCACUAUUCUGCCAGGAAGUGCCUGGCAAAACAGAAGCAGAGGAUGCUGGCAGAGAGAAAAGCUGCUGAAGAGGCAGCUGCUGCCUGAGGUGGCUGAAGCUCCCACACACUGUCACUAUUACAAAAAUAGAGUCAUGAAAGCUG